AUGGAUCGUUUCCGGAUGAUCUUCCAGUACUUCCAGUCAAACUCGGAGUCUGUAAUGAAUGGGAUCUGUGGGCUGUUAACGCUGGCUGGCAUAAAGAUGUAUACCUCCAUUGACUUCAGCUGCCCCUGUCUGCCCCAGUACAACAUGGCAUACGGCUUGGGGAUCAUGUUUGUACCUCCUAUCGCCCUCUUCCUCUGCGGCCUCAUCCUCAACAGACAGUCCCUGGUGAUGCUGGAGGAAUGGAGCCGACCACAGGGGCGCAGAAAGAAGGACCUGGCUGUCAUCAGGUACCUGUGCUCCUCCAUCAUGCAGCGAGCCAUGGUGGCCCCUGCUGCCUGGAUCAUAGUCACCCUCCUGGAUGGCAAAUGCCUGAUCUGUGCUUUCAGCAGCUCCAUGGACCCUGAGAAGUUUGUGGACUUUGCCAGUGCCAGCCCAGUGCAGGUGCAGCAGCUGCUGGCCAAGGUGCCCUGCAAGGAUGAGGAGCUCAUGAGGAACAACACAUCCCGCAAGGCAGUGUCCAGGUACCUGCGCUGCUGGUCCCAGGCACUCGGAUGGAGUAUUUUGUUGAUCCUUAUCAUAGCAGCUUUCCUCGCCCGGUGGCUCAGACCUUGCUUCAACCAGGCUGCCCUCCUGCAGGCACGUCACUGGAGCAACUACAUUGACAUCGAGCAGAAGAUUUUUGAGGAAACGUGCUGCGAGCACAGCCGGCUCUUUGCUCACAAAUGCAUCCUCCACUUCUUUGAAAGCAUGCGGCAAGAGAUCAAACUGCACAGCUGCAGCUUGUCGAGGGAAGGAGAAGGGGCUGAAGGAGACCAAGAUCUUCUCCGGGGCAUCACAGAUCAGGACCAGGUGAACAAACUCCUGAAAAGGUGGUACUAUGAGAAACCUCCCCUGGAUGUCAGCAAAGCGACCCAGAGGCAUCCCCUGGGGCAAGAGAGAUCCCCUCUGCCCUGGGCAGACAGCCCUAGAACUGGGUCCAAGCUCCCCCAGCACACUGAUGUGUAA